AUGGUGGCAGGAGGCCGGGGACUGCAGGUUCGAUGGAGCGCGGGACCAGCGGGCUUCUCGGCCUCACCGGUGAGACAGCACAACCGAGCGAAGCUCCGCGCGACGCAGACCUCGCUACCGUCCCUGCCAACGGCGCUCUUGGAUGACGUACAACUGUCGCGAGAGUUUGGAAAUUGCCGGCUCAGAGAGACUCCUCUGUCUCUUGGACAGUGCCCUGCUUCUGAACUCUCGGAGGCUCCUGGUUCCUGGGUCCCCAGGGCGCAGGAAACGUCGCUCGCAGUCGUGCGGAUCAACAGUCCCGUGAGCGCCGGCGCGUGGGGCGGGCUCGGCUCCACCCGCCUCCAGCUUUGCGCUGAGCCCUCGGCUCCAGGCGGCGCAGGGGUCCGGGGAGGCCGCCCCUUUCACGGAGCACUAGGGCUCCACCUUGCGCCCCAUUAUGGGGCAAGCUCACGGUCCCCCAAAGCACCGAGCCCCUCGGACUGCUCCCAUCCCACGGCCCGAGCCCUCUUUCAUCCCCGGUUGCCCAGACAUUUGAAAAGAAUUCAGAGCCCAGCCAAAUCCGUGAGCCGCAAAAAUUCUGUGGAGCUGCAGAGGAUGGUAGCCCUCACAGCCGAGGACUGCAGCAACACCGGCUUUCAGAGUGAUGAAGACUGCUUUGAAAACCAGAACACAUCAGGAAAUGACAACUCACUAAGGAGUAGAAUUGUGCAAAACAGAGAGCAAGAAAAGGGCACGGGGGACGAGCAAGUCACCAUUGAGCAGGAUUCUCCAGGAAAGGACGAAGAUGAGGAGGAUGAUCAAGAGACGCAUCAAAAAGGGUGCCUGGAAAGGAAGUGUGGUCCAGUUUAUGAUUUUUGUAGGGAACACAAAACAACCGUUAAGUAUAUCAUCUGGGGCAUUUUAAUAGCAAGUUACCUGGCUCUGGUGAUUGCGGCCCGUGUGCUGAACUUUCGCAGAGCCCUUCCUCUUUUCGUGAUCACGGUGGUUGCCAUCUUCUUUGUGAUCUGGGAUCACUUCAUGGCCAGAUAUGAGUCUCAAAUUGCUCAGUUCCCCUCUCCUGGCCAAAGGCUUCUGGACAGUCAUUUGUUCUGGCUGAAGUGGGUGAUUUGGGCUUGCCUGAUCCUGGGAGUUAUUUUCUGGCUGGUCUGUGACACCACCAAAUUGGGCCAACAGCAGCUGGUGUCCUUCGGUGGACUCAUAAUGUACAUUAUCCUGACAUUUCUAUUUUCCAAGCACCCAACCAAAGUUUACUGGAGGCCUGUCUUCUGGGGUAUUGGGUUACAGUUUCUUCUUGGGCUUUUGAUACUAAGGACAGAAACUGGAUUUAUGGCUUUUGACUGGUUACGGAAACAAGUUCAGACGUUCCUGGAGUACACUGAUGCUGGCGCCUCAUUUGUCUUUGGUGAGAAAUAUAAAGACCACUUUUUUGCAUUUAAGGUCCUGCCCAUCGUAGUUUUCUUCAGCACUGUGAUGUCCAUGUUGCACUACCUCGGAUUGAUGCAGUGGAUCAUUAAAAAGCAUUCCUAGGUUGGAUGGGUAAUGCUAGUGACUGUGGGAACAUCUCCUGUUGAAUCUGUAGUUGCUUCUGGCAGUAUAUUUGUUGGACAGACAGAGUCUCCACUGCUGCUCCAACCAUAUUUACCAUACGUCACCAAGUCCGAACUCCACGCAAUCAUGACCACUGGGUUCUCUGCCAUUGCUGGAAGUGUCUUAGGUGCAUAUAUUUCUUUUGGGGUUUCAUCCUCUCACCUGUUAACUGCUUCAGUUAUGUCCACACCUGCAGCAUUGGCUAUUUCUAAACUUUCUCGGCCUGAGACAGAAACGCCUAAAAUAACUCAGGGAGCAUCCUCAUCCAUUUCCCUGGUGGCGAACAUCGCUGUGAAUUUGAUUGCCUUCCUGGCCCUGUUGUCCUUUGUGAAUUCAGCCCUGUCCUGGUUUGGAAACAUGUUUGACUACCCACAACUGAGUUUCGAAGUAAUAUGCUCCUACAUCUUCAUGCCCUUUUCCUUCAUGAUAGGAGUGGACUGGCAAGACAGCUUUAUGGUUGCCAAACUCAUAGGUUAUAAGACAUUCUUCAAUGAAUUUGUGGCUUAUCAGAAACUCUCAAAAUUGAUCCAUUUAAGGCAAGAGUGUGGACAAUUUGUGGAUGGUGUGCAGCAAUAUAUGUCGAUUCGUGCUGAGACAAUUGCCACUCAUGCUCUCUGUGGCUUUGCCAAUUUCGGUUCCCUAGGAAUAGUGAUCGACGGACUCACAUCCAUAGCACUUACCAGCAAGCAUUCUGUAGACAUCAACUGCCAUCAUGUUUUGGAGAAUGCCUUCAACUCCAGCUCAGUUAGAAACACAACCAAUGCAGUAUCUUGCUGCCAGAGUCUACUGAGCAGCACUGUUGCCAGGGGUCCUGGUGAGGUCAUCCCAGAAGGAAACCAUAGCCUGUAUUUGAAGGACUGCUGCAAUUUGUUGAAUCCACCAACACUAAACUGCAGUUGGGUUCCUAAUGCAUUUUGA